GGAGAAGAGGGUUGUAAGUUAUGAAUAAAAUUGAAAUAAAUAAACGAACAUUAAAGCUCAUGGUGAAGACAUCGGGACGCGUGUGUGAGCAAAUUCGCUCAUUUAAAUAAAUAAAUCGUAAUUUUAUAAUUAAUUGUUUUAAUUAAAACUCAUUCAAGAUGAUGAAAACAAAGCAUCAGGGAUUGGUGGCGGAUUUAAUGCCCAAUAUCCGUUUAAUGCAAAUAAGUGGCCAUUUUAUGUUUAAUUAUUACGGGGAGGGAAAAAAAUUAAUGCAUAAAAUAUAUUGUAGUGUUCAUUUAUUUUUGAUUUUACUUCAAUUUGGAUUUGUCGCUAUUAAUUUAGUUAAAGAAAAAGAAGACGUUGAUGACCUUACGGCAAAUACAAUAACGAUACUAUUUUUUUUGCAUACACUUAUUAAAAUUGUUUAUUUUGCGGCACGGAGUAAAUUAUUUUAUCGUACUUUGGCAAUAUGGAAUAAUCCUAACAGCCAUCCAUUGUUCGCGGAAAGCAAUGCGAGAUAUCAUUCAAUUGCGUUGACCAAAAUGAGGAGAUUAUUGUUUUGUGUUGGAGCUGCUACCAUUGCUACCACUAUCAGUUGGACAACUUUGACGUUCUUUGAAGACCCACAUGUCGAAAGGCUUAAUAAGGAAACUAAUGAAACUUAUAUUGAGGAAAUUCCAAGAUUAUUGGUAAGAUCAUGGUACCCAUUCGAUGCGCGCCAUGGAAUGGCGCACAUCGGGAUGCUGAUAUAUCAAAUCUACUGGCUGUUUAUUUGCACCGUCGACGCAAAUUCAAUCGACGUUCUCUUCUGCUCAUGGUUACUGUUUGCUUGCGAACAAUUGCAACAUCUCAAAGCAAUAAUGAAACCACUUAUGGAACUCAGCGCAACUUUAGACACCGUAGUUCCCAACAGCGGUGAACUAUUCAAGGCCGGAAGCGCUGAUCAUUUACGUGACAACGAUGGCGUACCCGCGGAACCAGCGAUGAAUGGCGACAACAUGCUGGACAUGGAUCUGCGAGGUAUCUACAGCAAUCGCCAAGAUUUUACGGCAACAUUCCGUCCUACUGCGGGUACUCAGUACAAUGGCGGUGUCGGUCCUAAUCAAUUGACUAAAAAACAGGAAAUGCUUGUUCGCAGUGCGAUUAAGUAUUGGGUUGAACGGCACAAGCACAUUGUCAGACUUGUAACAGCUAUCGGAGAUGCGUAUGGUGUCGCUCUGCUAUUUCAUAUGUUAAUUACUACGAUUACACUUACUUUGCUUGCGUACCAGGCCACUAAGGUCAAUGGUGUUAAUGUUUAUGCUGCCUCGACUAUUGGAUAUUUGCUCUAUUCACUGGGACAAGUAUUUUUGUUCUGUAUAUUUGGUAACCGUCUAAUUGAAGAGAGUUCAUCGGUAAUGGAGGCCGCAUAUUCAUGUCAUUGGUACGAUGGUUCAGAAGAAGCGAAAACAUUUGUACAAAUAGUGUGUCAGCAGUGUCAAAAAGCCAUGUCUAUAUCAGGAGCUAAAUUUUUCACAGUAUCACUAGAUUUAUUCGCUUCGGUACUCGGUGCCGUGGUUACAUACUUCAUGGUAUUAGUACAACUUAAAUAAAUAAUUAAUUAUUUUAUUUAUUUUAUCAAAAUUAAUUUUUAUAAUUUUACAAAAUAUUAUUUUAUAUUAUUUUAAAUUAAUAUAUUUAUUUACCUUUUUUUUACGUUAACUGUUAAAUUACCCAAAAAAAAUAAACAGAAAACCCAAAAAAAAAAAAAGAAAUAAAUAAAAUAAAAUAAAAUUAAUACAAAAAUUUUUGGCGGUAACAAAAUAAAAUUCCUUAGUGUAAUAAUAAUAAUUAAUUAACUAAUUAAAAAAAAAAGAGCACGUUUAAUUGUGUCAAGUGCACGUAUCAUCUAGUUAGGGGAAAAUUUAUACGCUAACUGUGAGAUUAAGCAGAAAUAAAUUAAAAAUCUAAUUACUUACAUAAAUAAAUUAACAGAUAAAUGAAUAAUUUUAAAAAAACUGCGGAGGAAUUUAAUAACGCAGUCUAAUUUUUUUUUUUUUAAUGUAAAUAUAAUUAUUAAUUUAUAUAAAAUUUUAAACACAUAACAUUUUAUUUCUUGUUAUAAUUGUAAUUAAUCACUGUCUUUUAUUCUUAUUUUAAAUGAUAUUUUAUGUAAUAAUAAAUAAUAAAUUUUUUUAUACAAAAAUUA